AAGAAGGCUUCGCGAUCCAAGAAGGAUGCCGGUGCGCCCAAGAGGGCCCUUAGUGCAUACAUGUUCUUCUCCCAGGACUGGAGGGAGAGGAUCAAGCAGGAGAACCCCCAGGCCAGCUUCGGCGAGGUCGGCCGUCUGCUCGGUGCCAAGUGGUCCUCGCUGUCGGACUCUGAGAAGAAGCCCUACCAAGACAUGGCUGAGCGCGACAAGCAGCGCGCCGAGACCGACAAGGCCGCCUAC